UUGAUUGAAUCCAAGUAUAUGGAGAGGGUUUAACACUUGUUUGUAAAAUGUUCUUUUGGACGGCUGUUUCUUCUUUCUCGAGGUGUGCAAGAAGAAUGUCGUCAAUGUUUGAAAUGGACCCAAUUCCACUAAGUUGUCGUUCACUUUCCAAAUUUGAUACCUUUCUCUACAUGUUAAGUAAAGUAUCUCAGUAUCAGUUAUGUAAUUUCCCUUUUUUCUUCUCUUUCUUUUAGCUUUCUUCAGUUCAGUCCUGAGUACUACUCCAUGCACUUCAUCUUUAACAAGAAGAUUGUGAAGAAUCUGACAAGUACUUCCCAUGCACCGUGGUGACGUUUCAACUUCUGUAGCUCAACCGAGAAGCAUUGGACAAAUUAAUUAAAAGCAUUGAUAGAGUUCAAUAAACAUGCAUUAGUUUUAAGCUCAUGAAUAUAGGCAAUUAAGAUCAAGAAAAUGGGCUCUCCCCUGCUGCGAGGUCCGGGGAGACAUUUGGGUCCAUGUUGAUGUAACUGCAUUAGACGAUGCAUUCACGGCAAAAUUUCAGGAAUGACAAAGAGACCAUAAUGGGGCCACGCACAGCACUUUUCCUGAAGCAAAAGCACUCCCUGAAGCUAUGGAGGGAGAAAAAGGAAGUUAGUGCAUAGAUCAUGAAACUGCAAAUGGAAACGAAAUACAGUUGCAGAAAGCAGUGGAUCCUGAAUUGCAUAACCUUCCACAAAAAGGGAUGCAUCCUGAAUUGUAUGCAGCUGCGCAGUCAGGUGAUUGGGGCCUACUAGGAAAAUUUUCGGACGAGUUGCACGAUCAGAGGACUCCAAAAAGAAACACUGUCCUUCACGUAUUAGCCCAGUCCUGUGACUCUGCAGAUGCUGUCCGACAUAUCCUUGCACGAAAUUGCUGUUUGCUAAUGGCCAAGAAUGCUCGUGGUGAGACUGCACUUCAUUUGGCAGCAAGAAAUGGGAAUUCUAGCAUUGUUGGAGAACUUAUUGAUCAGAGUAAACAGAACAAAGGAUGUUGGUCUUGCGCCUGUUUUGUCGACAGACGCAAGAUGAUGCUGAGGAUGGCUAAUGUGGAUGGCAACGCAGCUUUACACGAGGCAGUUAAGAACAACUUCUAUGAGGUUGCUAAUUUGUUGGUUCAAGAAGAUCCUGAGUUCCGAUAUCGCCUCAAUUAUGCUUCGGAGACUCCUCUAUAUGUCGCAGUAGAGAUGGGACAUCGGCAUAUUGCGGAUCUGAUUUUGAAGACUUGCAAGUCACCAUCUUAUCUUGGCCCCGGUCACAAAACUGCCCUUCACGCUGCAGCAAUAUGGGAUUUGCCAGAAUCCAUGGAGCUGAUUUUGGAAAAGCGGCCUGAUCUUAUACAAAGGGCCGAUAAAUUUGGGUGGACUGCACUUCAUUAUGCUGCCAAAUUUAAUCAUCAGGAAAUUGCAAGACUACUACUGUCUGCUGAUAGGUCUACUGCCUAUGUUGCUGCCAAGAAUGAUGACUCCAAGACUGCUCUACACAUUGCUGUAAUUCAUGGACGUGUAGCUUUGGUGCAAGAGAUUUUAUCCCAUUGCCCAGAUUGUUGGGAGGAGUGUACUUAUGGACGUCGGAAUAUCCUUCACCUUGCAGUAAAAUACGAGAAAAGAGAAGUGUUGGAAUUUGCCUUAGAAAAGUACCCCUGGGCUUCGGAGCUCAUUAAUCAGAAGGAUAGAAAAGGAAACACUCCUCUCCACCUCUAUGCUGCUACCAAAACCUUGGAGGGGAAAAGCCUUCUAAAUCAUCCUCGUGUGGACGUCAAUUCCAUCGACAGAUUGAAUUCUACGCCUCUAGAUAGAAUCCUACAGGCAGACGAGCUCUCAGAAAGACAGAGUUUAAUCAGGGAUGAGUUGCAGCAAGUGGGUGGAACUCCAGGUUAUCGAAAUGUAGCUACUCUGAAGAAGAAUUUACAAUCAUCAAAAACUCAUGAACCAAAGAAACUGCAAAGACUGGCAGGGAAUUAUUUGAUCGUGGCCACCCUGAUUGCAACGGUCACUUUUGCGGCCGGUUUUACUGUCCCAGGUGGAUACUAUAGCAGCGGCGGUCUGAACCAAGGCUUGGCAGUUUUAGGAAAGAAAGCAGCUUUUAUUACAUUCGUAAUCUCAGAUUCCUUAGCAAUAAUGUUCUCCAUUGGUGCAGUGGUUCGACAACUUAAGAUCCUGCAAACCAAAAAUGACAGGUAUAAAUGGUCUGAGCUCCAAGACAUUCAGACAAAUAUUUUUGUGGCUGUCAUAUCAAUGAUGAUAGCAUUCAUUACUGGCUUGUACUCAGUGCUACAAGUCUUGCCCCUCAAGAUUGUGCUGUGUGUACUUGCUGCUUUCUUCUGCAUUCAGACAUCUGUGGUCUUUCUUUCGCUUAGACCCAACAAAAUGUCAAGGACCUAUAUGUCUAUAUUUCGAAACACCACCGAUGCCUACUGUUCUUUCAGUAUCGGUGCACUCGGAAUUCGGUAUGAGAAUUUCACCGAUCGGAUUAGUUGUGCAACUUGUGCUGGUAAAUUCUCAUUGAGAAGCGCGGGGCAAUAGGCCAAAAAUUAAAAAGACUAUUUGAAGUGGAAGUUGAUUUAUUGAUUCAUUUUUCUCAUUAUCAUCUUGGAACUUACCGGCUCUGUUGGGUAUUUGACCAAGAAACAAGAGGAAUAUUUGGAGUGGAAGUUAAUUUACUGAUUCAUUUUUCUCAUAA